AUAGAAAAACUUUAUUAAGAUUGUAUAUAAUGGAAAGUCAGAGUCAAGGAGUUCUUAUUCUGGAGAAAGUUGCUUGGACAUCAGAAAAAUGCUUGACCUGCUCAAGGUCAAGUAUUGACCAUUGUUCUAGGUCAAAUAUUGACAAUUUUUCAAGGUCAAACAUUGAACAUUGUGCUGCUCUACAAAAAUCAUGUGACACCAGGAACAUUCUGUGCCAGGAACGAAACUCUUAUAAGUUUGGGCAUCGCUCAAGAAAACAGUCAAUAUUUGACAUAUUUUGGGAGAAGUUUAAUGCACCUUUGCACCCAUGUGAAGCAGGCGGCCAUCUUGGCAGACAUCUUGUGACAGGGAAUUCACAUCACUAUGACAACCAUUUUGAAAAUAUGAAAAAACCUUGGGGCAUACCAAUUGGGUGCUAUAACGUUUAUAUAGCAAAAGAAACACAUCAAAUUGCUGAAGCAACUGCUGAGAAGAAUGCAAGAUUGAGAGAUGCCUUUGGUCUCAGUGAACACUAUGUUGAUGGUAGCGCCUUCGAUCCGAAUAGGAAAGUUAAAGAAGAGGCUGCUAAAGCACUAGCAAUGGCACAGAAAAAAUACGCGAUAGUAAAAGACUCUGACAGUGAGGAGGAUGCAGCACCUUUACCAACCAGAAAAAGAAAAAAGAAGUCCAGGGAUAAAAGUGACUCUCCGGAAAGAAGGAAGAAAAAGAAGAGUAAGAAACAUAGACAUGAUCGGUCUGAAAGUAGAAAAAGUAAAAAAAGAAAGCAUAAGCAUAAGAAAAGUGAGUCACAAGACAAAAAGAAGAAACAGCGUAGGCGACCUUCACCUAGUUCAAGUUCAGGGUCAAGUUCUGAAGAGGAAUCUGGUCAGGGGAGUUCAUCAGGUGAAUCAAGUCCAGAGAGAGGUCACAAAGAGUCAAGGCCAUCUGAAAGGUCAAGGUUACAGCAAGAUAGGUCACUGAACUCUGAUUCGUCACCUGAAAAAAGAUCACGACCAGCAGAACGACCCAGGGAUCGUAGCGAAUCUUUGUCAUCAUUAACACCCUCCCCGUCACCCUCCCCGCCCCGUAGAAAACGCAGUCACUCCCUCAGCUACUCUCCAUCAGAGAGGAGGAAAAGAUCAAUCUCCCCGGUGAGCAAACAGACGAAAAAAGAUUCUCCUCGAGGUGGCGGUAGCAGAUAUAGUAAGGAAUCUAGGUCAAGGUCACGCUCACCCAAAAGGCACAGUAGAUCUCGCUCUGAUUCUUAUAGUAGACGGUCGACACGACACGACAAAUCCUCGUCACACAGUCGGAGUCGGUCUCGAGAUCGAGAGUCCCGCAGUCCUUCCAUUCGGAGACGUAAAGGUUCACCCAGUCAUCUCGAUAGACGAAGAAUCACUAGGUCAGGGUCACCAGAUUCCCGCCCUUACAGGUCAAGGACAUCACCUAGACGAUCAAGGUCACCCCAGAGAACCAGGAAUAGAUAUUGAGGAGUCAUCAUUUGAAAUUGUGCAAGAAAACGGCCCGUUCCGUACCACCGACCUACACCCCCGCCAUCCAGUUCCGACUCUGAAGACGAGUACCACCACCAUCAUCAUCAUCAUCGCAGUAAAUCUCGCAGUAACUCUCGCAGAAAUAAUUCCCACCGUAGACGUCGUAGUCAUAGCAACAGUAGCAACGAUUCAUAUAGAUAAUAUUGCACGAGUUUCCUGCGUAUUAAACUAACUAUUUAAUGUAAA